AUGUUAGUAUUAUCCCCGAUGAAUUCUCAUCUUAAUUUAAACACUGUUGUUACUGACGGCGAUAAUAGCAGUCUUGAUGAAGACAAUGAAGACGAAGAGGCAGAGGAAGAAGUCAAUAAAUAUCAUUUUCGUAAACUUAAUGCUGACAAUAUAAACAAUGAUUAUGUGUACAAUAUGAAUUGUGAGCCUUCUGUUCCACAUCAUACUCGUCAGAGGCAUCACCAAAUCUUAACCAAACGACCAAGAUUAUCAACAAUAACUUCUGAACAAGAAAGUUUUCAUAAUCAAAUAAACACUACAAAUAAUAAUAAUACAAAUCAACAUCACAUGAAUUGUUCUCAACUACAUCAAAGGGAUUUAAUAAUCACAUCAACUAGUAUGUCAGUUGGAUAUACCACCAAUGCUGUUAUUACUAAUAGUAAUGAAAAUAAUAAUGGAAAUAAUCCUUAUACAACAUUUCGUUCAUUGUUAUUACAAUCUGACUAUAACACUAAUGAUAAUAGUUCACCAGAGAAAGAAAAUCGAACGUCAAUUUUGACAUUGAAAAGUAGAUUGAAUCAUUAUGUCAGUGAUGAUGAUGAUGUUGAUGAUGAUGUUCCUGAUAAUGAACAUGUUGAGAAUAUGUCUACAUCUGAAUCGAAUUUGAUUCUUCAUGAGGCUCAUAAUAUCGAUCGUUUCCCAUCAUUAUUCAAACAUAAUUCUCAUAUAGAUUAUCAUCAAGUUUUAAAUGAUGAAAGUGUUAGUAAUAGAAAUGAUGAACUACAUGAAUAUAAAGUGCCUCAGCCAUCAUCAAUGGCUUCUACAGAUCAAACGAAUUUCAUGACUGUAAACAACACAAAUGGAUCUUAUGCUAAUUAUUAUCCUCCUCCUCAUUAUCAGCAUCAUCAAACGACGAAUUCACAAUCAGAUUUUAGUCAUUUAUUUCAUUCAAAUAUGACAUAUCCUUCUUUACUAAUUACACCAUCGGUUUCCAAUCCAGCAUCUCCUAUUUUCCCUCCACCACCACCACCACCAGUUAUUACAAAUUCUGGGAAUAUUUUUAUGUCUUCCAGUCAUACAAUAAAUCCUACUGCUUCUAGUGUUUAUCCUGUUGCUGCUGCCGCUGCCGCCGUAGCUGCUGCUUCUUUUCAAUCCCUUUCAUCAUCUGUUUAUGAUCAAUUUUACUCGGCAAUAUCAUCAAACAAUCUAACAACUGUUAUUAAUAAUAGUGGUACAAAUAUGCAUCAACAUCUUACUCAUAAUUAUAACUCUCAUUGUACUUCACAACAAGCAGAGGAUUCAGCUCAAAAUGAAUCGAUUUCUUCAUCUUAUAGAAAUCCGAACUUAACUGGUUAUUCUGAUAUUACACGAACAACAUAUCCUUUAAUGUCUACCCAUUUACUUCAUCAGCAGCGUCAGACUUCUUUAUUUCCUACUUCAUCUUAUGGUUCUGAUAAUAAAUUGAAAAAUCAAUCUAUUCCUGACAGUUUAUUACAUGAUCGACAAUUGUCUAAGAUAAUCGACAAAGAAGAACAAAUACUUCAGCAACAAGAUCGGGCGAACAAUUCAGAUCAUAUUGAUUUUUUCAAUACACGAGUUCAACCUUCAGAAAAUUUAGUGAAUCAUUUAUCUUUAGAUAAUCAAUUUGCUCCAAGAUCAUCAUUAUCAUCGGAAUCAUCAUCAUCAUCAUCAUCAUCAACAUCAUCAUCAUGUUCAGAGACUUAUAUGAAUUCUUCUUUACAACAAAUAGACAGAAAUUCUAAUGAACACAAUAAUAGUAAACAAUUAACUAAUGAUUUUACACAAUUUAAUAAAACAUUCCAGUUGAAUACAUGUGAAUCGGGCAAUACUAAUACUAAUCAUAAUAAUCCACUUAUUUUAACAUCAUUAAAAGAAUUUCAACUCGAUCAAAACAGAUUAUUCAAUCUUUCCAAUCAUUUAAUAAUAAACAAUAAUAAUGGUCAAUCUACCAUCAAAACCACUCUUAACAAUGGUACUAUCAAUACUACUACUACCACUACUACUACUAGUACUACUAAUAAUACAAAUAGUAAUAAAUUAUAUAGAGAAUCACUAAAUUCUUUGAAUUUGUCAAUAUUUGAUGAAAAUUAUGAUCAAAUCAACAGGAGUAGAAUAGAUCAAGGUGAAAAUACAAACAAUAUUCAAUUAGAUAUUUUACAGUCAACAUCAUUACUACUUAAAACUGAAGAGAAUUUAAUGAAUUUCCCAUCAAGCUCUUCAUCAUCAACAUUGUUAUCUAAUCGAUCGAAAGAAGCUGAUAGUUCAAAUAUAGCCACUAUGAGUAGUGGUGAAAGUGGUGGCGGUAUUAUCGCUGUUCCUACAAAUACCGGUUGUUGUGAAUCAUUAAGUAUAUUGACAAGAGAUAUGAUGAGAGCCUAUCUCGUUGAUCGACGGGAUCAAAUUCUAAUCAUACUUCAUGCAAAAGUUGCUCAAAAAUCAUAUGGAACAGAAAAACGUUUUUUCUGCCCUCCACCUUGUGUAUAUCUUCGUGGUGAAGGGUGGGGAUUACAGUAUGGUCAAACAUCACAUGAUGAAUCAAAAUUGAGCUCUAGUCAUGAACCUGUUGAUCAAACCGAUUUAGUGAGUUAUUCCACAAAUAAUGUUCGAACAUAUUCUCUACAAAAUAAUAAUAUAUCGUAUUCAACAGCUACCCCUACUCCAGGACCUUCACACUUAUCGUCUUCAUUUACAGGAGAACAAUCUCAGAUACUUGCUUUUAUGGGUAUUGGUGGAUCAACUACUCCAGUUGAAAUGAUUCAAUUAAAUUUAGAUGAUGGAAGAGAUUAUUCAAAUGCUAAAACAUUAUUUAUUUCAGAUUCAGAUAAACGAAAAUAUUUUAUGUUAACAUUAAAAAUGUUUUAUAAAAAUGGUAAAGAUUUAGGUCAAUUUCAUUCAAGACGUAUUAAAGUUAUUUCAAAACCAAGUAAAAAGAAACAAUCAUUAAAAAAUACUGAUUUAUGUAUUGCAUCUGGUACAAAAAUAGCCUUAUUCAAUAGAUUACGUUCACAAACCGUUAGUACACGGUAUUUACAUGUUGAAGAUGCUAGUUUCCACGCAAGUUCAAGUCGUUGGGGCUCAUUUACAAUCAAUCUAUUAGCUGAUGAUCAAGAUGAAGCUGAACAGUUCACUGUACAAGACGGUUAUAUACAUUACGGUCAUACAGUGAAAUUAGUUUGUUCAGAAACUGGUAUGGCACUUCCUCGUUUGAUUGUACGAAAAGUAGACAAAACAACUGUUCUAUUGGAUGCUGACGAUCCAGUUAGUCAACUUCAUAAGUGUGCAUUUCAUUUAAAAGAUACAGAUAGAAUGUAUUUAUGUCUUUCACAAGAUAAAAUUGUCCAAUUGCCAUCUACACCAUGUGAUGAAAAUCCUUUGCGUGAAAAAAUAAAUGAUGCCGCAGCAUGGACUAUUAUUAGUACAGAUAGAGCGGAAUAUCGUUGGUUUGAACCUAGCCAUUUACCAAAUACAUACAGAACAAAAGAUGGCCAAAUUAAAUCAAUCACACCUCCUACAUCAUGUCUGACACCAGUUACACCUGUACCAAUUGUACGAGAUAUGCGAGUGAAUGGUGGUGGAGAUGUUGCAAUGCUUGAAAUAAUUGGUGAAAAUUUCAGUCCUAGGCAUCAAGUAUGGUUUGGUGAUGUUCCAGCUCAAACAUUUUAUCGUUGUGAAGAACUGAUAUUAUGUUUUGUUCCAGAUAUAUCAGAAUUUCACAGAGAUUGGACAUAUAUUCAAAAAACUUUAGAGGUGCCAAUUAGUUUAGUCCGACAAGAUGGUAUUAUCUAUGCGAGUGGCUUAACAUUUACUUAUCAUCCAGAAUCUGGACCAAGACAACAUUGUCAACCAGCACUUGAAAUUAUACGUGCAGCAAGUAUAGCCGCUGUUGCGGCGGCAGCAGCAGCUGCGUCUGCUGUUACUUCAUCGAAUUCUUUGUCAACAUCAGAAGAAUUAUUACUAGAACCUUCAUGUUCUUCCAGAUCAGGUAUCAUAGUAUCAUCUGCAACAAUUGAAUGUAAUAAUGUUGUACAACAACAAAAAUCAUCUGAAUUCAAUUUAUCUCAACAUCAUGAUUCAAUGUGCCUUGAUAAUAAUUCAUUUCUUGCCUCAGUAUCAACAUCAUCAUGUCAAAUGAUAAAUAGAUUAAAUAAUUGUAAUAAUAGUAAUAAUACUACUAGUGGUUAUUAUGAAGAUGAAGCUUACAAUCAACAACAUAACUAUCCUCAUCUUCAUCAUCAGGAGCAUCAAUUACAACAGUCACAUCAACAGCAUCAUUAUGCUGUUGACACUCAGGAACAUCAUCAUCGGAGGAAUAGUAAUAAUUCAAACUCUUUAACUACAACAGAUCGUCUAUUUUAUAUUCCAGUGAAUACAAGUUGA